UCCACAUUUCACCUCACUCUAAACUCCUACACGCUUAACCUAAUACUCUUCCACGUCAUCCUAACAAGUAUUCCUUUCCUAUAUAAGCAGACACGACUGAAACUGAUUGCAGAAGAUCAUUAUCAGUCCUUGCCUUAUUGCGUACGAGAGAGAGAGAGAGAGAGAGAGAGAGAGAGAGAGGCUUACAUAACAAGGCGCGAAUUCAGUUUCCAGCCUUUCGCGCACACAGUCUCACUAUCACGAAGAAUCGGAGAAUUUCAUGGAUCUUGAACUAGAGCAAACUUCGAUCUCCAAGGAACUAAACCAAAACGAGGUUGAUAUGUGUGAUGUGGAAUUCGGAAGAGAUGAAGAUUUACUUGAAGUUUUGAUAGGUAAUGGGAAAGUUGAGAUCGAUAGCAAGGGAAAAACAAAAAUAUGUUCUGAUGAGAAAUGGCAAUACCAAGAUAAGGAUGCAUCAACCAGUGAUCCUGGGAAGACUUCCACUUCUGGACCAAUCAAUUCAAACAAUCUAAAUAGUUUUAAUUAUGAGCAGUCAUGUAAUGAUAAUGAUGAUGACUUCGAUGUAUAUGGUGAUGACAUUUCCGAUUAUGAUGACAAUGAUGAUUUCUUAUAUGAAGAUGAAGAUGAUUAUAUAACCAUGCUAUCCCAAUUUGAUAAUGUCGAUCUUCCUCCUGGGGUAGAGGCCGCACUUCCUUGGUUGAAAGACCUUGCUCCAUCUGAACGUAUAAAACCAUCUGCCACUACUCUUUCAUCUGUUCCAGACCUUUCUGAGAGCAAGAGGAAUUCAACUAUUCUUGACUCGACUGAAAGCAAAAUGAAGACAACUAUUUCUGACCUUGAUGAAAACAAGAGUAAGCUGGCUUCUUCUAGCAGUUCAACAGACCCAGAAGAGGUAAGUUCUAAUGAGAAGGAAGAAAGUGGACAUAUGCCAAAAUUACAUUUUAAGCAAUUUGACACAGUGGUUGAUUUUUCCGACCAUCACUACAGCCGCAUGGGCUUUUUGGGGGAUCAGCAGCCACCAAAAAAUUGGGCAAAGAAAAUCCAGGAUGAAUGGAAAAUUCUGGAGAAGAACUUACCUGAUACAAUUUUCGUUAGAGUUUAUGAAUCAAGGAUGGAACUUUUAAGGGCUCUCAUGGUAGGACCUUCUGGCACACCAUAUCAUGAUGGCCUUUUUGUCUUUGAUUGUCUUUUCCCCCCUAGUUAUCCAAAUGAACCACCGAUGGUUUAUUACUAUUCAGGUGGCCUUCGAUUGAAUCCUAAUCUAUAUGAAUGUGGAAAAGUAUGCCUUAGUCUUUUGGGUACCUGGACUGGUAAAUCAACCGAGAUGUGGAGUAAAGAAAACUCAACCAUGCUACAGGUUCUGGUCUCCAUACAAGCUCUGAUUCUGAAUGCACAGCCAUUUUUUAAUGAACCUGGGUAUGAAAAAUCAUAUGUUGGAGUAGAGGGCGAAAGGAAGUCCAGAGCUUACAAUGAGGAAACAUUUAUUUUAUCCUUGAAGACAAUGUUGUACACGCUAAGAAGACCACCGCAGCACUUUGAGGAUUUGGUCACUCAUCAUUUUCGCAAUCAUGCUCAUGAUAUUCUGGUAGCUUGUAAAGCUUAUAUGGAAGGAGCUAUUGUAGGAACUGUGGUGGUCAAAGACGGAGUCAUAGAAGGUGGUAAAAUUGAGAAGGGUAGCUCAAGCCACUUUAAAACCAAAGUAGGUCAGAUGAUGAAUAUUCUUAUUACUAACUUCACCAAAAUCGGAUGCACAAAUUGUGAACAGUUUCGGACUUCAGUCAAUAGACCAUAAUAGAUAAGCUGACAGCGUACUGGACAGUUGAUCUAAAGAUAUAUUGGGUUGCAAGGGGAUGCGAUUUAGUUGACAUUAAGCCUAUGCCUUUCAGGUACAUUUAAGUUGAUGCAAUUUUGGCAAAAUUGGUUGAAGAUGUGGAACUUUCACCCUAGUAUAUAUUACAUUAUCUUGCGCAGCUUUUUAUUUAGAUGAUGUCGAUAUUGUAUGGUAGAAUGACUCAGGAUGGAUGAGUCUUCUACUGGACUAGUUGCUUUUUGACAAGUUUAGUAAUAUGAAUAUUCAUAUGGGUUUCUUGCAAACAUUAUGAAAUCUUAUUUGUCUUCGUAA